AUGCAGUGUUCGUGGAAGUCGGUGGUUCUCUUGGCGUUGGCAUCGGUCGCCAUCCAGUACACGGCCAUACGAACUUUGACCUCCACCUCCUACCUGCUCUGCCCCGCCCACUCCAACAGCAGCUCCGCCCCCUUCUCAGCUGACUCCGCCUACGAGCGCGACGACCUGAGGGGCGGCUGUGACGAGGAGCACCUGUCAAACUCCACCCGCCGGACGCAGGUGCUGCUCCUGACGACCACCCGUUGCGGCUCCACGUUCAUCGGGCAGCUCCUCAACCAGCACCCGGACGUCUUCUACCUGUUUGAGCCUCUGUACCACGUCCAGGCCUCCAUCGUCCCGCGCAUCCACAUGGCCUCCGACCGGCAGGUGAUGUUGGGGGCCAGUCGUGACCUUCUGUGGAGCCUGUUCCAGUGUGACCUUUACGCCCUGGAGAGCUACGUCCGCCCCGCCCCCGCCAACCACAUGCUGGACAACCUGUUCCGCCAGGGCGCCAGCCGGAACCUGUGCCAGCCGCCCGUGUGCCAGGCCUUCAAACCCGGCGAGUCGUUGGAGGAGUGGCAGUGCAAGAAGAAGUGCAGCCCGCUCAACCUGACGCUGGCGGCGCAGGCGUGUCGAGAGAAACCCCACGUCGCCAUGAAGACGGUACGAAUGCCGGUGGUGGAAGACCUGCGCCCCCUGCUGGAGGACCCUCGUCUCAACAUUAAAGUGAUCCAGCUGGUGCGGGACCCUCGGGGGAUCCUCAGCUCCAGGAUCGAGACCUUCCGGGACCUGUACCGCCUCUGGGGAAUCUGGCAAGCCACAGGACGAAGGCCCCACACCCUGGAGACCUGGCAGUUCACAACCAUCUGCGACGACUUCUUCAACUCUGUGUCCACCGCACUGAGCCAACCCGCCUGGCUCAAGGGCAGGUACAUGCUGGUGCGCUACGAGGACCUGUCCAGGAACCCUCUGCAGAAGACCAAGGAGAUCUACGACUUCGUGGGUCUGAGCAUGACUCCGAGCGUGGAGGAGUGGAUCCGCGUCAACACCAGGUCCACCAGCGAGGUCAAGGACAAGUACGGCACCAGGCGCGACUCCGCCGCCAACGCCGAGAGCUGGCGCCUCAAGCUGCCCUUCGACAUGGUGGAGUUCAGCCAGGGCGUGUGCAAGCGGGCCCUGUGGCAGCUCGGGUACCGCGAGGCCCGGUCCGCCCAAGAGCUCAGGAACAUGAACGUCUCUCUGGUCCAAGACAAAACUUUUGUACCGGGUCUCCAACCUGCAGCUCGGGAGCUACAGCAGCUCUCCACUCCCUUAAGCCUUAGUCACAAUAACCCACACGGGUCCACGGGCAGUUCACGGAUUUUGGCCAAGUCUGUACGGGACUCGCAAGUGGCCCGUACAAGACUCCGAGCUCGUAAACGCCCGCUGAGUCUGUAG